AUGCCUCGUGCUAAGGUUCGACCCCCCGCUGACGUCACCACCGCCCCCUCGACCACCGGCGGCCUCGACAAACACGAUGACCUCAAUUAUCUCCCUAAACAGAGGCAUCUGAAGGUCUCCGCCAACCGCACCGAGGUCAUGGUGAGGAACCUGUCCCCGCUGACCUGGUACGAGGUGUCCGUCAUCUCCCAGAACCGCCACGGGUCCUCGCUCGUGCCCUACAGCCUGCGCGCCCUCACCAAAGCUCAGGAAGCGAACAAGACAGAGAUCGUUAACCCCGAAUUGCCCGAUAUCAUUGGAUGUUGCAAUGAGAAAGGAGUCAAGCAUUACAGAUGUACACAGAACCUGUGUGACCCGAACACCCGUUACAUCAGAACCGACAUGAUUGUGUGCGCGCCGUGGGCUGCCGAGACCUUCUCCUGCCUCGCCAACGACGUCGACCACUCCGACUGCUGCUUGGAGAGGGGGCUGCCUCCCCUCUGCGUCGAACUCUGCUCAGGAAAUGUCACGAAGAUCGACUACAAGUAUUUCAAGUGCGUCGACUACUUCACGGACUACCGCAGCUGCCUCAUGCGGGGCUACGACGUGCUCCCCGGCCCGCCCACGGCCAUCAGCGUCACCAACGUCAAGCCGACCUUCGCUCUGCUCCACUGGAGGCCGUCGGAGCUCCACGCCGCCUCCAUCAGCGCCUACCACGCGUUCUUCCGGCCCAUCCAGGCGGGCCGCGGCUGCAAGAGCGACUGGUUCAUGGAUAACAUAGAGCUGGCCUACCGAGGCGUCUACACGGACAGUCCCCCGUACGUGCUGGAACACCUUUGUCCAGAGACCCAGUACGAGGUGUACGUGCAGGCAGUCAACACGUACGGCACGAGCGACUCGUCCGCGCGAGUGCUGUUCCGGACGCCGUCGCUGCAGCAGGAGAAGCGGCUGGAGGACAACACCUACAACAUCACCAAGUGUUGCGAGAACGUCAACAUCAGCCCCGGGUGCAUGCCGCUCUGCGACUACAACGCCCGCAUGACGCACGUGCGCGCCCUCGCCUCCAUCUGCGCCGGCGAGAUGAGCAGCCUCCUGCGCUGCGGAGUCGGCGGCCGCAACCACCGGCCCUGCUGCAGGCGGCGCGGCGUCCCCACCUCCUGCCUCAGCGUGUGCUCCGGUUCCUUUACCUCCGACCGCGCCACGCCCGCGCUCUGCAUGCCCUACAUCGGCAACAUCAUGAUGUGCCUCGAGGAAGGCGUGGGUGUCCUGCCCGGCCCCGUGACGGACCUACACGCUACCAAGGUGACGAACGGCUCUGUCACCCUGGUGUGGCAGCCUCCCAAAGAGAACGUGACGGUCGGCGCCUACCAGAUCCAGUACCAGAGUGUGGACAAGCACUCUGCCUCCAAGGUCAUCUUUAACCUGAAUAACACAAUCAACGUGACCAACACAGCAGUAACACUGACCAACCUCACGGCUGGCAAACUCUACAACAUCUUCGUGAUCUCGCUGAAUGAGGAGGGGAAGUCGCUGCCCUCGUCCGUGCUCACCAUCAACGCCACCGACGGCGCGCAUUCGGAGGGCGUCGUGGUGGGCGUCCCGUCGGCGCCGCACAGCCUCGUGCUCGACAGCAAGACGGCCACUUCGCUCACGAUCGUCUGGCAGCCGCCGGAGCUCGCGCAUCCCACGGACAGCUUCACGUACAAGUUGCAUUUCCGUGCCCUGGGUUCUCCUGACGAAGCCGACAUCUACAAUACAACGGUGACGGGCGCGACUGCCAGACGCCUCGAGGACCUCACACCCAACACGCAGUACGUCCUUUACGUCACAGCCAUGAACAAAUUCGGGGACAGUAGGCCUUCCGAGACGCUCCUGGCCUGGACGGACCCGGCGUAUCCUGCCUUCGUAGAGACUCCGACCGUUCAUCCUAUCAACCUGAUCGUGGAAGGCGGCACCAUGACUGUCUUGUGCAUUGCCAUGGGUUCUCCUCCUCCCACCGUGUCCCUCUAUAUCUCCGGGGUAUUAAUUCACCAGGAUGUGACGCGCCACAUGGUGACUGUGGUGCACAAUGUGACGCGCGACAUGACAGAGAUCUCUUGUUACGCCGACAAUGGCUACGGGACUCCGAUGCAGACAUCCAGAACCAUCACGAUCUCACGUCGUCCCCAAGUGACAGCCCAGGCGACGGUGCAGGUUGUCGCAGGUCGUUCAGUCACAUUAGAGUGCACGGUGGAUGCUUGGCCUGUGCCCUCACUCGUGUGGUGGAGAGAUCCUGACGGGAGGGUGCCUGUCAUCCACGGUGGAAACUACGCAAUUAACAAAAUAGACGACUUUAAGGGCGAGGGCACGUACCUCAUGCAGCUCACCAUCCGAUCCUUCAACCAGUCCGAGGGAGACAGCUAUUACUGCCACGCCAGCAACGCUUUCGGCACCUUCACGCAGACCAUUAAGCUCGAAAUGGCGAAACCCCUCAAUAUUCAGAUUGAAGUGUCCGAGUGCUGUCGGGUGAGCAAUGUGUCCGACACCUGCAUGGACGCCUGUUCCUUCGACGAGCUUGACUUCGACCGCGUCAUGAACCGAGAGGAGUGCAUCCCCGACUUCGGGAAACUCAUGAAAUGUGCCGCAGACGGCUCCGACACAAAAUAA